UGACUGCGUUCUGAGACCGGAGUUUGCCUAGGUACGUUCAACUGAGAAAUAAUAUUUAUGAUUCAGGAAUCCUUCAAGAGGAUAAAAGUAACAAUCAGUAAUUGGAGCUGAUAUUUCUGCAUGGAUUAAAAACAGGAGCAUACUGUUAAUUACAAACUACAAAUCUACAUUUAAAAUAAGUACAGAGCAUCAGUUUUGUAGGAGAUCCAUUAAAUACCAGAAGCAUUUCGGUGUGAUUUUAGACUAUGUAAUGUUGUACUCACGUCAUGAGCUCUCGCUUGGAUUCACUAAACACACUGUAAUGACUGGCUCGGUCUGUAAAAAACAAUGUUUUUUUUUUUUUUUUCGUUUUUUAUAACGUCUUAAAGUUGAUCUAUUUGCUAUAAAGGUUUUAAUACAGUUCUUUUAUUUUUGUUUUUUUGUUUUUUGAAAAGCCAAGUAAACAAUGUCACGCCCCUACAGAUGUCGCUCUCUGAUUGGCUGACGCUGCGCCUGCCCCUGGUCAGCUUCUCGAAUGUUUUCAUUCCGAUUCUGCUUCGGUCGAGGUAAGAUGUCUCUGUGCUUUCUCUGUAAAAUAUCGUGUUUAGCUGCUUUAUCAGGGUGAAAUAUGAUUUAAAAUGGUUAGGGUUGUUAAACUUGAUGCGUGUUUAUAGAAAGCUAGUGAGUUUUUCUAUGUUUGGUUGUCGUGAAACGUUCGGUUUUGGCUUGUAUAUAUGCUAGCUUGAUAGCAUCUCAUUGUUCACUAUGAUUUUGAUUUACAUAAACACGGACAGGUACAGAAUAAAGGGAAGGGCUUUUCUCAAUAUUCUGUAUGGUAUUCACAUUUUUUGUGGGGUUUAAAGUGAAUUACUGAGGUAUAAUGAGGUAAAAAAAACCGAUUUUAAAUCAGUCCGUGUUUACUCAUCAGAUAGUGUGCUGUGUCUCAAAGGAGCUCUGGUUGUCGUGAAAAGCUCAAACAUGUUUUGGGGAGGUUUACCCAUCUACUUUAUAAAGCUAUUUUGCUCUCAUAUGUCCGUUUACAUGUUUUUCCCCAAACAUGCUGGACUGCUGCUGGUCCAAAAUAUAAAAUAUAUCGUUGUUUGAGCUUUCAUUGUGUCUGCACUUCCUUUGUUGAGCCACCACGUGUUACAAACCAGCACAAACAUGCACGUUGUUUACCGUCUGCUCUGCAGUGAAGCUUUGUUUCUGAUGGUGAAAACGUGGAUCAAUGUAAUGCUGGUUCUGCCUUUUUGUGGAACUGCACAGUAGUAGAAGAGAGAUCUAAAUAUUUUUAUGCUGAAUUUAUUUUUAUUUUUUUUACAAUCUGGAAGACAGAAAUGUAUCACUAAAGUAUUAAGUUUGUUGGUAUUUUAUCACAGAGGUCAUGAGGAAUAUUUUUAAUCAACCAUAUGACUACUUGUAAUUUGCUGCCUGAUUGUAUGCAACUGUUCAUAUCUGUUGACAUUUAUUAUACUAUGUUGACUUGCCAUUCAGUAUUUGUUCAAUAUUGUUUAAUUAGCCUUUUAUUCAGUUAUCAUAUUUUAUCAUUUAAUAUGGACUGGAUAUACAUUUAAGAGAAAAUUCCACAUGUCAUAGCUGUGUUUGGUUACUUUGUUUUUGUUUUGCAUUCUUUUAAAUACUACUAAUGACCAGGGUUAUGAAAUGUGUUGAUGUUUGAACAUGAUAUUGGUCCUUUAAGAACAUUAAGGAGCAAUUUUGAGCUUUAGCCCUGGUUUUAAAUAUAUUUUGGAAAUGAAUAUUUUGAUUAGCAUUGUUUUUAAUGGAUAUUAUUUUUGCUUUUCAUUACAGCUUUUCACUUGUGCGAGACUUUGCGAUUUGGAAGUUUUCCAGUGCUGCCAGCUGUGAUCUUCACCUGUGCUUUACUACACCCACCUUAAAUCAUCUACACUACUGUUACAUCUCAAUCAGACAACAACACACUGACUAGAUAAACAUAUUCAGACAUUUUAUUUACAAACCUACACAUAAUAUUCACUCACACACACAAUAUCUUCCCACAAACACUGUUUAACUUUCAUUAAUUUGGAACAUAUUUAAAUACAUUUUACAGUUUGUAUUUUCUCUGUUGCUUUGGUCUAGAUAACCGGUUUUUUCUCCCCCAGUUUUCUUCUGUUCUCAUUGUCUUAACAGGAUGCCACGCAAGGGACGACGCUCUGAGGCCGCCAAGAAGAGAUGGAGGACCCUGGACCAGGAGGACCUGCAGGGCAGCCAGCCGGACGUUGCCAAGCCCAGGACAUCCCCACCCACCGUGCAGGCUUGGACCCCCACCCAGUCUUCGGAGAAGAAGAUGUCCCGACUGCUGGAGUCCCCGGGCCAGGUGGUUUGCCAGGAGGAGCCCCGUAGGCCAUUGACCUCUCUUGUGUCACGUCGUGGGACGGGGCGUCGUCAUCGCGUGCUGAAGUGGCCAGUUUCCCGUGUGACUUUCCGUAGUCACAAGUUGGUCCUGCCAGCCGAGGUCCCGGAGAAGAGGUUUGUUCUUUUGGUUGGUGACUCCCUUCUGCGUGCUUUCGUUGAUGAGUUCGUCCCCAUGCCAGAGGGUAACCUCUCCUUUGGGUUUCUUGCAACCCCCGGGGCCUCGGCGGACGAGUUGAGGCGUGAGGUGCUGGGAGCAGUUCUGCCUCGGACCCCCGAGGUAGUCUGUCUUCUGGCACCCGGCAACAACUUGGAAGCCAGAAGGACCUUGCAGCAGUCGGGCGCGGACUUCGAGGGGCUGCUGCUCGCCGUCGGCAACCUCUGCCCUAACGUGGUUGUUGUGGACUUUCCUCCACGUCUCACCGUUGAGGAAGACCUGCAACAACUGCUGCGGCAGGAGUACCACCGUGUGGCUGCUCGGAGAAAUGUUCGCUACCUCUCGACAGUUGAACAUUUCCCCCGGAGCAGCUUGAACAUGUGGAGCAGGGAUGGCGUUCACCCGAGCGACGAUCUUGGGAUGAAGGUCCUUGCUCAGUUGCUGUGGGCUGCGUCCUACAAGCAACUCGAGUUCAGUGCACUUAAUAGAGUUGUUUACAGCUCAGGUGGAAAUUUAUUCACCUGAACUAAUUACAUGUAUUGCUUUGUCAGACCAAAUGUUAUUGUUCAAAUCCGUUCUGAAGGAAACUAAUUGUCAUGUUUGUCAUCGCUAAGGACUUUAGUCAUUUCAUAGUGCUUUCUCUUAGUUCUUCAAGUUUAUUUGGAUCAAUAAAUGUCUAUCUCAAGUAUCAAGAAGUGGAUUUACUUACCUGUGUAAAUUACCAUUAAAACUCAUGGUACAAACGCA